CCUCUGUUAUUUUACUUUUGCCAGGACAAUGAAGAAAUGAAAAUGGAGAUUGAUUCAUUAAAGCUGAAAUGUACUGGUACAAUUGCAGAUAGAGAAGGUCUUAAAGAAAAUAAAAUCAUGUUGGAAUUGCAAUUGAAACAACUAGGAGAGCAGCAUGCUAUAGUUUGCCAGGACAAUGCAGAGAUGAAAAUGGAGAUUGAUUCAUUGAAAUUGAAUUGCAAUGUUGCAAAUGAGGAACAGAAAGUCCUUGUAGAGAAAAAUUCAAUGUUGGAAUUACAAGUGAAACAACUGGAAGAGCAGCAUGCCAAAGUUUGCAAGGACAAUGUGGAGAUGAGCAGGAAGAUUGAGUUUUUAAAGGAGAACCAUCAUGACAAGAACUCAGGUUACGGGGGGCAAGUUCUUGAGAAAAAUUCAGCUUUGGAAGUAGAACUUAAAGAACUUAAAGAAAAGUACAGCAAAGCUAUUACGGAAAAUGAAAAGUUUAGGAAGAAGGCCCGUUUGUCCCUUGUGAAAGUACGUUAGGAAUUUUGUAAUGAGAAGUUGUGUCAUAUUUUGUGUGUGGAACUAAUGCUCAUUAAACCUGGCUGC